AUGCAGCCCGCCAUGAUGAUGUUCUCCAGUAAGUACUGGGCGCGGAGGGGCUUCUCGCUGGACUCGGCCCUGCCGGAGGAGCGACCCGGCGGGGGCGGCCUCACCCUAAACAGACCGAGUUCUGGGAAGAAUGAGGAAAAGAAAGGGAAUAAGGGAAAUGGGAAAGGUGAAUCUAUUUCUGAAGGUGGAAAGACAGCUGUGGUGUUUUCUUUGAAGAAUGAAGUUGGUGGAUUGGUGAAAGCUCUCCGACUCUUCCAGGAGAAACACGUGAGCAUGGUUCAUAUCGAAUCACGAAAAUCGAAGAGAAGGAGCUCAGAGGUGGAAAUUUUUGUGGACUGUGACUGCAGUAAGAAAGAGUUUAAUGAACUAAUCCAGUUGCUCAAGUUUCAAACUAAUAUUGUAUCUCUCAAUCCACCAGAAAACAUAUGGACUGAUGAUGAAGAUCUUGACUGUGUCCCUUGGUUUCCCAGGAAGAUAUCUGAGUUAGACAAAUGCUCACAGAGAGUUUUGAUGUAUGGAUCUGAGCUGGAUGCAGAUCACCCUGGAUUUAAAGAUAAUGUCUAUCGACAGAGAAGAAAGUACUUUGUGGACGUUGCCAUGAGCUAUAAAUAUGGUCAGCCCAUUCCCAGAGUGGAGUAUACGGCUGAAGAAAUUAAAACAUGGGGGGUAGUGUUUAGGGAACUCAGUAAACUCUAUCCCACCCAUGCAUGUCGUGAAUAUUUGAAAAACUUUCCUCUGCUGACCAAAUACUGUGGAUACAGAGAGGAUAAUGUGCCUCAGUUGGAAGAUGUUUCUAUUUUUCUGAAAGAAAGGUCUGGCUUCACAGUGAGACCAGUUGCUGGAUACCUGUCUCCCCGGGAUUUUUUAGCUGGCUUAGCAUAUAGAGUUUUUCAUUGUACUCAGUACAUACGACAUGGCUCAGAUCCUCUCUACACACCAGAACCGGAUACGUGCCAUGAACUCUUGGGACACGUGCCUCUACUUGCUGAUCCCAAGUUUGCACAGUUUUCACAAGAGAUAGGACUUGCUUCACUGGGGGCAUCUGAUGAAGAUGUUCAGAAAUUAGCCACUUGCUAUUUUUUUACGAUUGAGUUUGGCCUUUGCAAGCAAGAAGGACAACUACGUGCUUAUGGGGCAGGACUUCUGUCUUCUAUUGGAGAAUUAAAGCAUGCUCUCUCUGACAAGGCCAAUGUGAAAACAUUUGAUCCAAAGACGACCUGUUUGCAAGAAUGCCUUAUCACUACUUUCCAGGAAGCUUACUUUGUUUCAGAAAGUUUUGAAGAAGCCAAAGAAAAAAUGAGGGACUUUGCCAAAUCAAUCAAUCGUCCCUUCUCUGUGUAUUUUAAUCCAUAUACACAAAGCAUUGAGAUUCUGAAGGACACCAGGAGUAUAGAAAAUGUUGUCCAGGACCUGCGCAGCGAUCUAAACACUGUAUGUGAUGCCUUAAGCAAAAUGAACAGAUAUUUGGGGAUUUGA